UUGAUCUUUUUCCUCUUUCUUUCUUCCUCAGCCGCGUGUUCUGCUCUUCUUCUUCUUCUCCCCUACAUCGAACGAGAGCCCCAAGCCCGACAGCACCCCCCCUUGAGAAACGGUGAGAAAAAGCUUGUGUUUUACCUUCCUUUUCUUGUUCAAGAACAAGAUUUAGGAGCUUGAAAUCUUUCCCCUCUGCAGAAAAUCCCAGAUUUGCUCUGCUCUGUUCCUUCCAUCUGCUGCUCUUGCUUUGUGGGUGUGAUUUUUCUCGUUUCUGUAGAUUUCCCGAAUUUCCCCCUGCACUUCUCGCUGGCCUUCCCCCAAACUGUAGCUCCGGUUUGCUUGCUGGAAAAUUCUGGUUCUUGAUUGUUCUGUCACCCUAGCACUUGGAGUGAGUUUUCUGUGUUAUGCGAUUGAGGUAAGUAAAUUAUGGUAAUGCCCUCCGAUUUGAAAGCACAUUUUAGCUUGUUUUUGAAAUGGUGGCGGGACUAAACCCGUUUUAUACAAGUAUGAUCGAUUUGAAAUGAAAUUAUUAUUCUUUUUAUUGAUUUGAGUAUGCCUUCUUGGAGUUUACUUAACUACCCUGAUGAUCUAGAAAUUAUUUGUGAAUUAUGAUUUUCCUAUUAACUUCUGCCUGGUUUUGUCUCCGAUAUGGUCAUGUUAUUCGUGUGCCCGCUAGUGAGAGGUUUAUAAACGCUAGCACAUGUCGACAUGUAUUUCUGUAGAGCUGGCUCCUCCUACUAGUGGGAGUUGUUAAACACUGGUGUUUUUGAAAUCCUGCUAAUGGGAUUAUACACUAGUAAAUCGUGUGCCUGCCAGUGGGAGGUUUAUAACACUAGCCAUGAGCUAUAGAGGAGAUGUCUAUUUCAUUUCUGUACUCGUAUAUGUUUUUCGUGAUUAUACUUGUUGGCAUGCUAUAAGUUUAAUUAAGGGCUAUCCAUAUUUACUUACUGCGUCAUCUCAUAGUUUUUCCUUGUCCACCAUUUUAGGAAGCGAAGUCAAGGACGAAGAAAAACGAGGGGAGUGACGAGUUAGAAGGCUAGUCAUCUUGUAAAUUGAAAAUAGAUUUUAGAUAUCAAUCAUGAUCUUCUAAGCUAGACUUUAUUUGGAGAUUUUAUGAUAUCAGAGCAAUUUUUAUAAUUUUGUCUUCAGUUUUUGUGGUAUCAGAUUGUGGUAUGAUAAAGUUCCGAGCCUUGUGCAUUUAUGGGACCCUCUCACAAGUAUACAGUGUCUGCCACGUCCUCAGAUUUGGGUUCUGGUGCGUGACAUAGAUUGUGCCAUAAGUUCUUGUUUAGAUGAAUAUGAGAAAAUAUAUCUUGUAGUGUUUUGAGUCAUCAAGACAUUCCGCUUAGUUGCUAUUCACAUAGCCUCAUAAGAGAUCAUCACUUACAAACUCAUAUCAAAUUCCAUAAUCAACAAUUCCAUUUACAUAUCUAAAAACUCUUUUAGCAGCAUUGAAAUGAGUUUGAGAUGGUAAAGUCAUGUAUCUUGAUAGCAAACUGGUAGCAAACAUAAGAUCAAGUCUUGUUGUUGUAAGAUAAAGCAAACUCCCUACC